UCUGGAGAGUGUGUUGUUUAAAAGGUCAGACUGAGACAGAAGGGGGUUGAGGGGUAAGGAAGAAGAGAGAAAGAGAGACCAAGAAAAUCAGAAGAAAGACAGAGGUGAAGAAGGAAGAAGACAGUAUUGUUUGUCCGUCAGUUCAGUGAUUACUGUAGUUAGGCUGGACUGGAGAUACGUUCAUUGUGAACAGACUACACUGGACACAUGGAGGAUUCAGAGAAUAUCGCUUUGACCAAUGAAACAAAGGAAAUGUGUGACCAGGAUGCCAAACAUGUGAAGUCCCCAGAGACUGAAUGUGUUGCAGAGACAGAGCCAGGAGGUGGGACUGAUACUACAGAGGGUGGAGCUAAUGAGAAAAACAAAGAAAAUCAUGAGAACACAAAAGCUGAAGCCAGUGACAGUGAGAUAUGUGAGCGAGAGGAUGGACUCACGGAGAAUGCCAACAUCGUGGAAGAGAAAAAAGAACAAGAGAAGGAAAUCAAAGAACAUAGACCUGGAAAACAAGAAAAAGAGACAGGGGUAAAUGAAAACAAAGAAAGUGAGGUAGAAGAAGAAAAGAGGAGUAACAACGAUCCUCACAUGAAAGAGAAUGAUUCCUGCAACAAAGAGGGACAAUUUGAGGUAAAGCACAAAGAAGAGGACAAGAUAACAACAGAAGCUGAAGGCAAAAAUAAAGAAGAUGAAGGUAAAACAAAAGAGAAAAAAGAGACUAAAGAUUAUAUCAAGAACAAACCAGAAAAUCUGGGAAGAACAGCUCCAUCCUCUGCUCUCAGAGCCCCCACCAAGUCAUCUGCUCGACCCUCGGCCAGAAGAGAUGCCAUGGCCAAGUUUCAGAAGGACCAGACUCCAGGUGUCAGAAACUUUAAAGUUCAGCGGACAUCUAUAGGUAUGGCUGGUGGAGCAUCAAUUAAACAGAAAAUUCUGCAGUGGUGCAGGAACAAAACACAGAAGUAUGAGGGUGUAAACAUAGAAAACUUCUCUUCUUCGUGGAGUGAUGGCCUGGCUUUCUGUGCACUUGUUCAUCGCUUCUUUCCCUCUGCUUUUGACUUUUCCUCCCUCAAAUCAAGUGAACGGGAGAAGAAUUUCACUCUGGCCUUCAGUACAGCAGAAUCUCUUGCUGACUGCUGCCCCCUUUUGGAAGUGUCUGACAUGUUACUAAUGGGCAACAACCCAGAUCCUCUGUGUGUUUUUACCUAUGUACAGGCUCUCUGUCAUCACCUCUCAAAGAUAGAGAAAGAGAGGAGGGAAAAAGAGAGCAUAGAGAAGGACAAAAACAAAGAAGAAGAUCAAGGGGUUUCUAAAGGUAAUGGAGAUGAAGAAAGGGAUGAGAUUAAUCAAAAAGAGGGGACAGAGAAAAAUGGAUCAGAUUCUGACAGAAAGACAGAACAAGAGACAGAUCAGAAUGAAAAUGUAGUAAAUGCAGAUGGUUUGGAUGAAAAAUAGAAAAACUACAUAAAUGAAAGGAAAGUGUCAGAAUAAUUUUGUUUCCAAUUUCAGCUUUUUUGAAGGUAUGGAUAGUGAUUUUUGUGUCUUAUGUGGAUGAUAAAUGUGUUAUUUUUUUGGGAUUGUAUAGGUUUUUAAUUAUACAGAUUUUCAUUUAUCUCAAAUGCUUGAAAAUGUGACUUUUAUUCUAUUUUCAGGCCUAUUUUUAAGUGACUACUGACUUCAGAUACACAUCUCACACUGUCCUCUGACUCAUUAUAAGCUAUACAAUGUUUCAUGGCAAAUAAACAAAUGCUCUCAAACAUUUCCUCUGAGCCUAUUCACUCUAAAGACUAGCAAAGGUGUGUAACUAAAAUUUAGAAAGUGAUGCUAGAUGUCUCCACAGUAUCUUCAUUAUUUAUUAUUCAUGGCAUUGUUUCUUUCUGUGUGACCAUCAUCUAAAUAAAAAGUUAUUUUGCAUUUUAA